AUGGAUGAAAGUUUUAAAGAUUAUAGUGGUAUUGUAACUAUAGCCGAGAAAUGGUUUCAUAUACCAAAGGUGAUAUAUCGCACAUAUGAUUUUCGAAUUGGAAUCGAUGAAUAUGUUUUGAAAGAUGACAACGAGCUUCGUGAAAAAAUGAAAAAAGUUAUGAAAGUAAUUGAGUAA